AUGUCUGCCGGCCCCAGGAGCGACGGCUACGUCAAGCCAUCGUUGGCCAAGAAGCCUUCGUCGGCCAGAGUCUCGCCGAAGGCGUCCACCAAGGCCUUUUAUGUGAAGCCCAGGAGCGACGGCUACGUCAAGCCCGCGGCAGCCGCAGCAGAAGCAAAGGCCGCCAAGGCCGCCAACAAGGCAGCCAAGCGUGAGAAGCAGCUGGAGGACUUGGAGGCGCUGUUCGAGACGCUUGAUUUGAACCAGUCUGGCUCCCUCUCGCUCGACGAGUUCCAGCAGUUUCUGGAGUCGAUUCAGUGCAAGCACACGCGCAAGCAGGUGAGGGCGGCCAUGAAGCAAGCAAAGGCUCGUCGUGGGCUUAGUAGGGCAGCGGAGGUGGCCCUGACGGCGGCGAUGAAGCCGCCCCGCGAGCUCAAGGAGGUGGUGUUGCGGCACACCACGAGUAGGCUAUACAGACAACGCCGGACUCAGAGGAGAGCGGCGGGGGAUGUGGUCGACCCCGCCGCCAUGGAGCGGGCGCUGCUGAAGCUGCUCAGCGAGGCAAAGUUCGAGGAGCUACUGAAGAGCGACAUGUGCAAGGCGGGCGGUGUGGAGCGGGCCGGCUUUGGGGCGGCGAUCAGGAUGGCGAGGAAUGGCCAGAAGCCCAAGAAGGUGCCGCCGCUUCCGCAGGGCAAGCAGCAUCUCGACGUCGGCAAGCGCGACAAUAUGUUGCUGCUGCUGGUGGACAUUAUGGACCCCGAGGGCAACGAUGCGAUGGGCAUCUCCGCAUUCAGCCUGCUGUACCUGCCGCCGCUAGAUGGUGGCGCCAGGAUGGCGGCGCACUUCGCGGAGAUAUCCGCGUAUCGCCAGACCUUCACCAAGCUCGAGUUCAAUCGCGAGACCUUCAACAGGCUCGAGUUCAUGCGGUUCGCGCUCAGGGAGCUGAAGGUGUUCUCGGACGCCGAGUUUUACCACCUCGUCACGCAGAUCCGGCAGCGGCCAGCGCAGCGGCCCUGGGAGCGGAAAAAGUCGCUGGAGCAGUUCGCCACUUUGGAGGAGAUUCGCUGCGGGGAACUUGCUCAGACGGAAAAGAUGAGGGAGGAUAUGGCCACGAUCGACGCGCUCGUCCGCGCGCAGCUGUGCCUGCUGCGCGGUUGGAAGGUGGACGAGGAGGGCGCAAAGGCGAUGGAGGAGCACGCCGAGGCGCUGGGGAGAGUUGGAGGCGCCCUGCCGACGAUGGACGCCGCAGAGAGGGCGCUCGCAAAGGCAAACGUGCUCAUGGCGAAGGCGCUCGCGAUGAAGGCGGCGGCGGAGGAGGAGGAGGAGCUAGCUCUUUCCGUGUAG